CGAUCGUGCUCGGAUACCGCCGCGCCAAGGAUUGCCCUAUACAAAACGCUCACCGGGGUCAUCCUCCAUCACGCGAUUCGAAGUUGGACUAAGAAUCCUAGCUGCUUAGCAAGGCAGCGGGCGCUACAUCACACCCGCCCGUAUCCGUUCCUUCUUCCCUCAAAUAUUGGGCUCACCUCAAGAUUAUUGCCACACACUUCCUCUCCACAAUGCUUGCGCCACUGCCCCGGCUAAGCGAUUUUGGUGUGUCCCCACAGAAUGGAUUCCUACCUACGGACACUCCACUAGACGUCCUUCCUGAUCCGUACUACCAGCCAUGGGAGGUAAUCGCGCGCAACUUCCAGGGCUUGAUCCUCACCAAGCGCCUUCGACGAACCAUUGAUGCUCUGCCUGUGCUGUCCACUGACCUCCUCUUCUCACAAGCCGAGUGGCAGCGGGCGUAUUCUAUCCUCGGAUUCUUCGCCCACGCGUACAUCUGGGGAGGCGACAGACCUGCUGAUGUAGUGCCUCCAUCCGUCUCAAUUCCCUUUCUGGAGACCUGCCGCCACCUCGAGAUGCCAGCCGUGGCCACCUACGCAGGCGUCUGCCUCUGGAACUGGCGACCACUGUUCAGCAACGAGCCUGCUGACACCCUGGACAACCUCGCCACGCAGAUGACGUUCACAGGCUCGCUGGACGAAUCGUGGUUCUACUUGGUGUCGGUGGCGAUCGAAGCACGUGCCGGACCGGUCAUUCCUAUGAUGAUCGAAGCGAUUGCAGCUGCCAGGAACAAUGAUGCUGCCAUGGUUUCGGAGUGUCUCCGCACGUUUGCUGAGAGACUCGAUGAGAUUGGCGUUUUGCUGGAGCGCAUGUACGAGAGCUGCGACCCGCACGUCUUCUACCAUCGCAUCCGCCCGUUCCUUGCUGGUAGUAAGAACAUGGCAGAUGCGGGACUGCCGAAUGGAGUCAAGUUCGAUGACGGAACCGGCCAGCAGCCUUACGUUCAAUUCGGCGGUGGCAGUAACGCACAGAGUUCUGUGAUCCAGUUCUUCGACAUCGUUCUUGGUGUGGAGCAUCACCCGACUGGCAAGAAGUCAACCGAUGCACCCGCUGUCGGCGCAACGAACAACAAUUUCAUCGCUGAGAUGCGCAACUACAUGCCAGGACCGCACCGCAGGUUCCUCGAGGCUGUUGAGCGCGUGGCCAACAUCCGGGAGUUUGUCGAAGCGAACCGCAACAACCGCGCGCUAACUACAGCAUACGACGCGUGCCUGGCCAUGCUGCGAACGCUCCGCGACAAGCACAUCCAGCUUGUGUCACGCUACAUCAUCAUCAAGUCUCGCGAGACCAAGACCGUAGCACCUAAGCAGGCUAUGAACCAACCCCAGCCAGUCAACCUAGCAAACACCGUCCAGCGCAGUGGCAGUAAGGCGCUCCGCGGCACCGGUGGCACAGCGCUCAUCCCGUUCUUGAAGCAAGCCCGCGACGAGACCGGUGAGCCCACCAUCGACGCCUGGGCGCGCCGUCUGCUCGGCAACGGCCCCGGCGACGCCCGUGUUGCCAGACUCGGCAAGGUCAAGGAGGGCUUCGACGGCGCGGUGGAAGUCGUCGGUCUCGCUGGCACCUGGAGCGUGGACGACAGCGAGGGCGGCAUCUGCCACUGGUAAGUCUGUCACUGGUGAGCGACGGCUCUUCAGCCUCGCUCGAGAGCGCUCAUGGGCUCUCACACCGAGGUUUCGACCUCACGAAGUUGCAUGCCUGCAGACGUCUGUGUGCCCGC